AUGAUGUAUGAAGAAAACUAUUAUAAUCAAGAUUCAGAUCUUGUAAAAAUUAAUGAUUCAUCUCAAAGUAAUCCAAUUAUAAUAUAUGCUCAUCAACUUAAUCAAUAUUAUCAUACAUUACUUGGUAAUCCAUUUGAACGAUUAAAAUAUUAUGAUUCAUCAAUAGAACAAUAUCAUUUUUAUCGAACACCUGAUAUUAUUAAUUAUAUAAUUACAUAUUAUCUUUAUCAUGGUUGUUUAUCAACAGAAAUACAUUAUCCAGUUGAAAUUCUUUAUGAUGAACUUGUAUUUUUUGGUUUUAAUAUUCAAAUUAUUUAUGAUAUUAUUUCAAAUUGUAUUACUAUUGAUUAUUAUAUUCCUUCUGGUAAAUUAAACAUUAUUCUUUUACAAAUUUGA